CUUAAAACAGAUGAUCUAAUAUACUAAGUAUGGAUAAGUGAUAGUUAUAAAAAUGUGUAUGUAUUUGGCAUUCUGAAGCUAAGGAAAAUUCAAAAGAAAUAUUAGGUAGAGAUUUCGUUUUUCCACCAUUGAAUAGAGUACACUUCAAUAGCAGGUGAUCAGCUGACUCCAGUUUAUUUUUGUAUUGUUCAAUAGUAUUCAUUGUUUUUUCUUAGUAUUCAGCAGUUUUAAUAACUCAUUUACAUUUAAAAACUUUUAAUUUAUAACCUUAUAAAAUGCGUGAAGUAAUAUCAGUCCAUGCAGGCCAAGCAGGAGUACAAAUUGGCAAUGCCUGUUGGGAAUUAUAUUGCCUUGAGCAUGGAAUUCAACCUGAUGGACAAAUGCCUUCUGACAAGACUGUUGGAGGGGGUGAUGACAGCUUUAAUACAUUUUUCAGUGAAACUGGUGCGGGAAAGCAUGUGCCAAGAGCAAUUUUUGUCGACCUUGAGCCAACUGUAGUAGAUGAAGUGCGAACAGGAGCUUACAGGCAACUUUUCCAUCCCGAGCAACUUAUUACUGGUAAGGAAGAUGCAGCCAAUAACUAUGCUAGGGGACAUUAUACAGUUGGAAAAGAAAUUGUAGAUUUGGUGUUAGAUAGAAUCAGAAAACUAGCGGAUCAAUGCAGUGGACUACAAGGAUUUUUGAUUUUUCACUCCUUUGGAGGUGGAACUGGAUCAGGUUUUACGUCUCUGCUCAUGGAAAGACUUUCUGUUGAUUAUGGAAAAAAAAGUAAAUUGGAGUAUGCUAUAUAUCCAGCUCCACAAGUUUCAACAGCUGUAGUCGAACCAUACAAUUCCAUUCUAACAACCCAUACAACCUUGGAACAUUCAGAUUGCGCUUUUAUGGCCGAUAAUGAAGCAAUAUAUGAUAUAUGUAGAAGAAAUCUUGACAUAGAAAGACCUACAUACACCAAUCUAAACAGGUUGAUAGGUCAAAUUGUUUCCUCUAUUACUGCAUCUUUGAGAUUUGAUGGUGCUUUAAAUGUUGAUCUUACAGAGUUCCAAACCAAUUUAGUUCCAUAUCCUAGAAUCCAUUUUCCUCUGGUCACUUAUGCUCCUGUUAUAUCAGCUGAAAAAGCUUAUCAUGAGCAGUUGUCGGUCGCUGAAAUUACUAACUCAUGUUUUGAGCCAGCAAAUCAGAUGGUAAAAUGUGACCCGAGGCACGGUAAAUAUAUGGCCUGCUGUGUGCUAUACAGAGGUGAUGUUGUACCAAAAGAUGUCAACUCAGCCAUUGCAACAAUCAAAACUAAAAGAACAAUUCAGUUUGUGGAUUGGUGCCCUACUGGUUUCAAAGUCGGUAUUAAUUACCAGCCACCAACUGUAGUACCUGGAGGAGAUUUGGCUAAAGUACAACGAGCAGUAUGUAUGUUAGCAAAUACUACAGCUAUUGCUGAAGCGUGGGCACGUCUAGAUCAUAAAUUUGACUUGAUGUAUGCCAAAAGAGCUUUUGUUCACUGGUAUGUAGGUGAGGGUAUGGAAGAAGGUGAGUUUUCAGAGGCAAGAGAAGAUCUGGCAGCAUUGGAAAAGGAUUACGAAGAAGUCGGAAUGGACUCUGUUGAAGGUGAAGGUGAAGGAGGUGAAGAAGCCUAGAAGCCUUUUGGCAUUAACAUUAACUCUAAAUUUGCAUUUCCAUCCUCUCAAGAGAUGUUUAGAAUUUGAUUUGACCUAAUGGUGAUGUAAUUUAAUGGAAAAAUUUAUUUUACUAGCGUGUCAUUCAAUUUAUGUCGUUCCAGUUAAAUAAAAGUAUUUAAUUUUCCAUAUAUGUAUUCAUUUUAUGUUAAUAAAUGUAUUAUACCUAA